UCGGUUAGUCAUAUUAUAUAUUUAGUUAAAAUUAAGUGAAAAGAACUUCACUAUUUAUUUAUUUCGACGUAKUAACUUUAAGCAAGUAAUAAAACAACAAUGCAGGACCCAAAUGAAGAUACCGAAUGGAAUGAUGUGCUGCGCGCUAAGGGAAUCAUUGGACCCAAACAAAAGGAGGCAGAGAUCACAGAAGAUCAAAUCCAGGCCAUGAUGAAUGAUGUCAUUCAGCGAAGGACGGAUUUGCCUCCACAAGAGGGUCAGCGCGACAAGCUGAUCGACGAUAUGUCACUGGAUGAGCUGGACGAGCUCGAGGACUCUGAAGACGAGGCUGUACUGGAACAAUAUCGACAACGUCGCAUCGCCGAGAUGCGGGCAUUAGCAGAGAAGCCACGGUUCGGCAGCGUGCGUGAAAUCUCUGGCCAGGAUUAUGUCAAUGAGGUGACAAAGGCUGGCGAGGGCAUUUGGGUGGUGCUGCAUCUGUAUGCCAAUGGUGUCCCGCUCUGUGCCCUCAUCCACCAUCACAUGCAACAGCUGGCUGUUCGCUUCCCGCAGACGAAAUUCCUGCGCUCCAUUGCCACGACCUGCAUACCCAACUUCCCUGAGAAGAACCUGCCCACCAUUUUCGUAUACCACGAGGGUGCCAUGCGUAAACAGUUUAUUGGACCCAUCGAACUGCGUGGCGAGAAGCUGACGCUCGACGAGCUGGAGUUUAUGCUGGGCCAAGUGGGCGCUGUGCCCACUGAAAUCAAGGAGGAUCCCAAGCCACAAAUCCGAGAUAAAAUGUUAGCCGAUUUGGAGGACAAGAGCUCAGAGUUCUUUUAGAUCUCAUUCUAUGCUAAGAGAACAAAGA